AUGUCUAUUAAAAUAGAGGACCUGCAGAUAGACGCGCCUUUUAUCGGCCAGUACAAAACCCUGAAUGCGGUGCUGUGCAGCUACCGACGGCUUGAGCGAUCGCAGUUCAUUCUGCUCGAGGCAAUGGAUUUCACCACGUCCAUGGAUCUCGUGAAAAGAGGGCUCUAUGACGACCGAUUCAGAUUAAAGUCCGGCCAGAUCGCGACCAACACCAUGAUUCUCGGCGCAGAGAUGCACCAGGAAAAGUUUGAAAGAAUACUGGCUCAGCUGCGCGAGACAGCAGACUACCCUGACCCAGGUCUUAAUCCGUGCGAUCUGCCGUACGAGCGAAUGGUGCUGGUGCAGCUCGACGGCUAUAUUCACAGCUACAGAAACGAAAUAGAGAUGAAAAAGACGCGAUUGAAGCUGCUUACGCCCGACAUGAUCAAGCAGGAGCUGCCGUCCGACGCCAAUCUACGCGACUUCCUCAAGCGCAUACAACAGCAUGUGCCCAGAAGUCUGCGCCAGCCAAUGGAACAGCGGUAUAAGCUGUCGGAGCUGCUGAGAACCAAACGAAAACUAGAGCCUGAAAACUCGGAAAAGGAGAUACAAGAGACCAAGCGGGCCGUUCCGUCUCUAAAAGCUCACACACCCAAUUUCGUCGACACCAACGAGGUGCUGAACCUCGUGACUGCCCCGAACGCCGUGCAAGAGUACUCUGAGUAUCCGGAAGUGCGACUGUCGCAGCUCGACUCGAUGGACGCAGACGUUGUUCGCGUGUCAGCACAGAUCAUCGGCUAUGUUCCUCCGCAGUUACCGCUGCUGGCGCAAAAUACAAAGAAUCGGCUGGUGAUUGUCGACGAUUUCAAAGUAUACAUAUCAUCGGAGGACGGAUCGGAGCAGUACGCGGUCGAAUUCGAGGACACAGACGCGAUAUUGCGGUUCUACGGUGUUGACGAGCUCGAGGCAAGCACGCAGGAGCACAUCAAGUUCCAGACGAUGCAGGCAGUCAACACGAUGUUCACAAUGGCUCUGCGGCGCAUACAUAUCGCCAACUCUAUUUGCAGCUACUCAGCAUGGACGUUUGCGGAGCCGCUCAAGCAGAUCAGGAAAAAAAAUAGCUGA